AUGUCGUCCACCGACUCCUUUACCUUAGAUGCUCCCACUGUCCUCUGCAUCGCCGUAUCUCUCUCCCUGAUGCCGGCCGCAUUCAUUCUCAGCAAGGCCCUCAUCCCAGCCAACAAAACGCGCGAUCGCGUACUUUUCUUCUGGCAUGCCUACGAUGCCCUCACCCACCUGUUCAUUGAGGGCUCCUUUGCAUAUCAAUGCUUCUUCAGCUAUACCACCGUCACGAGUACCCCACACCAGGGGCCUUUCUUCCUCAAUGACCCUACCCGUUUAUACGGUCCCGCCUACGGCACCGGCCCAACCGCACGUCUGUGGCAAGAAUAUGCAAAGGCAGACCGCCGCUGGGCCGGUGCUGAUCUGACCGUCAUCUCUCUGGAGUUGUUGACUGUUUUCAUUGGGGGUCCCGCCGCUGUAUACAUCUGCUAUCUAUUGUCUCGAUCGUCUAACGAGACCCUCACUACCAAGUCCCGUGGCAGUGUCAAGGCCACAUUGUGGUUCGUUGCAAUUGCCCUCGCAACGGCAGAGUUGUAUGGUGGAUUCAUGACUUUUGCGCCGGAGUGGCUUACCGGAAGCACGUCACUUGCCACCGAAGACCCGGUCUACCUUUGGCUAUACUUGUUCUUCUUCAACACACUCUGGGUCUUCCUUCCAUUGUGGGUGCUAUGGGAGGCGGCAAAAGAACUGCGUGGUGCAUUUGUUGCAGCCGAGACCCAAGUUGAGCAAAAGAGCCAGUGA